ACCUGUCACUACAACAAUAUAAUUUCUAUAGCAGUUUAGUUAAUUUAACAACGAGACGUUACCAGACAGACAAAAUAUUAGCUCAACAAGUAGCCCAAAAAUGCCACGGGAUCCUUAUCCUUUUCCAAGAUAUGAAAAUGACACAGAAUUUGCUGGACAGAAAGAAACAUCACAGGUGAUUCGACAUAAGCCAAACAAAGCUACAAAACUUCAUAGUCACGUACCAGAUGAUCGUGCGUGGGAUAGACUUUAUCAAACGCAAACUCUAGCAAGUACCAGAAGAAAAGUUUUCCACCACGACCCACAGGCUCCUAACGAUGCUCUAGAUUUUGUAAUUAAAUCAAAAUAUGAUCACCACAAUGAAUUCCUGAGAUCAAAGGCAGAAACUUUUUUCCAACCUGAAACACUUGGAAUCCCCCUUGGCCGUCAGCUUAAAAACAAACCGCCACCUCCGCCACCAGUUAUUGAGCCCGAAGAUAUAGUCCUGCGAAAGUCGAUUGGAACGAAGAAAGAAAACAUUAACAGCAUUAACGGUGCUAUCGCAAGUCACCACAGCGCUGCAACAAACGGAGGCUACUCAAGAAAGGAUGAUGGAGGAUUCUACACGUGCUAAUCGAAAUUCAAAACACUGUGAUUCUGGCAAACUGAAUAGCCUUAAGGCUAAUCAUAAAUUAACCAGGAUGGCAUCAUAGUUAUAACAUUUUAUGAUUUAAUGUUGUAAAAAGGAAGUGAUAUAAACUUUUCCUAUUUUUAUACAAAAGUACGAUUUUCUUUAAAGAUUUUUAGAUAAAAUACAA